AUAAGAAGUCACUUGGCAAUAGCAAACGACAGGCGACACAUCUUUAAUAUUCGUUCAUUUUUGUUUUCCUUUUCGAAGUUCAUUGACAAUCAAUAUUUGAAAAUGAAGUUUGCAGUAGUUGCCGUGUGUAUCAUGUUUGUAGCGUCAGCGUAUGGACAAGGUCUUUCGGAAAUGAUGGCAAUGUCUGCCAUGUUAGGCAACCGCGGUUCGAGUUCCAGUUCGGGUAGUUCUAAUCCUUUUGCAGCGCUUACCAGCGGAUCGUCCGCGUCAUCAUCAUCGAAUCCAUUAGCAGCUUUGGCCAGCUCCGGAGGCUCUUCUAACCCACUUGCUGCUUUAACCGGUGGUGGUGGUGCCAGCAAUAGCAACCCAAUGGCUUCUUUGAUGGGAGGUGGCAUGGGUAGGAUGGCCAGCGGCAUGAUGCUAGGAGGGGCUGAGAUGAGCAACUUGAUGGACUUCUACACGUGCGGAAUGAUGCGUCUACCAUACCAAAUGUGCUUCAUGAUGAUGCAUAACAACAUGUAAUCAAUGACGUCAUUACCGGAAAUGAUAUCUUUUUUCAAUAAUACAAGCAUCUAAUACCAUUGACAUUACACACCCGGAUGAAUCAGCUGUGGUAGUAUUACACUGCUCACCGGUGCACGAAACGCUACAUAAGAACCAAUCAGUGACAAGAAUGAAUCAAAUAUCCGUUAAAAUUAUAAACUUGCAUACUGUGUAUGUACCUACUGGUUGGCAAACUUGCACACAAAAUAAUACAUGUAAUACUACCCUAUUGCACGUUUUUAUCGUGCGUCUUUUAUUUCGCAGCCAUUGCUGUUUUCUGUUUCUACAUUUCUUUGUAGUAUUAUUUAUUUUGUAUUGUUUUAAUUACGUAUCCCUCUUUAUAUAUAAAAACAAACAAACUUACCAAAAAAAUAAAUAUAAUAAAAGUGUUAA